CCGCCCGGCCUCGGCAUGUCGGGCAGCCGCCCGCCGCCGCACCCCGCCGCGCCGCCCGCCGCCCCGGCCUCCUCCUCCUCUUCUUCUUCUUCCUCCUCCUCUGCGGCCAUGGCGCCCGGUUCGUCCUCUUCGGGCGGCGCGGCGGCGCGGCCCGUGCUGGUGGCGGCCGCCGUGUCGGGCUCGGGCGCAGCGGCGGCGGCGGGCGCGGGGUUGGCCCGGCUGGCGGCGGCGGCGCGGCCCGGUGGCGGCGGCUCGUCUGGUGGCGGCGGGGCGGGAGGAGGGGGUAGGAAGAGGCCGCUGCUCACCCCGCUCUGCAACGGGCUGCUCAACUCCUACGAGGACAAGAGCAACGACUUUGUGUGUCCCAUCUGCUUUGAUAUGAUUGAAGAAGCCUACAUGACAAAAUGUGGACACAGCUUCUGCUACAAAUGUAUUCACCAGAGCUUGGAAGACAACAACAGAUGUCCCAAAUGUAAUUAUGUUGUGGACAACAUAGAUCAUCUUUAUCCCAACUUCUUAGUUAAUGAACUUAUUCUUAAACAAAAACAGAGAUCUGAGGAGAAACGAUUCAAACUGGACCAUUCAGUGAGUAGCACCAAUGGCCACAGGUGGCAGAUAAUUCAAGAUUUGUUGGGAACUGAUCAAGACAAUCUUGACUUGGCUAAUGUCAACCUGAUGCUGGAGCUGCUGGUGCAAAAGAAGAAGCAAUUAGAAGCAGAGUCCCAUGCUGCCCAGCUGCAGAUCCUUAUGGAAUUUCUCAAAGUUGCCAGAAGAAACAAACGAGAGCAACUGGAGCAGAUCCAGAAGGAGCUAAGUGUUCUGGAAGAAGAUAUUAAACGAGUAGAGGAAAUGAGUGGCUUGUACUCCCCAGUCAGUGAGGACAGUACGGUGCCACAGUUUGAAGCUCCCUCACCUUCGCACAGUAGUAUUAUUGACUCCACGGAGUACAGCCAGCCUCCAGGCUUCAGUGGCAGUUCUCAGGCCAAAAAGCAGCCAUGGUAUAACAGCACGCUAGCCUCGCGACGGAAGCGGCUCACAGCUCACUUUGAGGACCUAGAGCAGUGCUAUUUUUCCACAAGGAUGACACGUGUCUCAGAUGACAGCAGAACCACAAGCCAGCUGGAUGAAUUUCAGGAGUGUCUGUCCAAGUUCACACGCUACAAUUCUGUCCGACCCCUGGCAACGCUGUCCUACGCUAGUGACCUCUACAAUGGCUCCAGCAUAGUCUCCAGUAUUGAGUUUGAUCGGGACUGUGACUACUUUGCCAUCGCUGGGGUGACAAAGAAGAUUAAAGUCUAUGAAUAUGGUACAGUCAUUCAGGAUGCAGUGGAUAUUCACUACCCCGAGAAUGAAAUGACCUGUAAUUCCAAAAUCAGCUGUAUCAGCUGGAGUAGUUACCACAAGAACCUGCUAGCCAGCAGCGACUAUGAAGGCACAGUCAUCCUAUGGGAUGGGUUCACGGGACAAAGAUCCAAGGUCUACCAGGAGCAUGAGAAAAGGUGCUGGAGUGUUGACUUCAACUUGAUGGACCCAAAGCUAUUAGCUUCAGGCUCUGAUGAUGCAAAAGUGAAGCUGUGGUCUACCAAUUUGGACAACUCCGUAGCAAGCAUUGAAGCCAAGGCAAACGUGUGUUGUGUCAAAUUCAGCCCCUCUUCUAGAUACCACCUAGCCUUUGGCUGUGCAGAUCACUGUGUCCACUAUUAUGAUCUUCGCAACACUAAGCAACCCAUCAUGGUGUUCAAAGGGCAUCGCAAGGCAGUCUCCUAUGCAAAGUUUGUGAGUGGGGAGGAAAUAGUCUCUGCGUCAACAGACAGUCAGCUGAAGCUGUGGAACGUAGGGAAACCUCACUGCUUACGCUCCUUCAAGGGCCACAUCAAUGAGAAGAAUUUUGUAGGGCUGGCGUCCAACGGGGACUACAUCGCCUGUGGAAGUGAAAAUAAUUCCCUUUACCUAUACUAUAAAGGCCUCUCAAAGACACUCCUGACAUUCAAGUUUGAUACGGUCAAGAGCGUCCUGGACAAGGACCGGAAAGAAGAUGAUACAAAUGAAUUUGUGAGUGCUGUCUGCUGGAGGGCACUACCAGAUGGGGAGUCCAACGUGCUAAUUGCUGCUAACAGUCAGGGUACAAUUAAGGUAAGUUAUUUUGUGCAUCAUCUCUUUAAGCGCUCAAAUCCAUUGUCAGUAAAGAGUGAGGCCACAGGCAUGGUACAGCCAGGAGUAGGCAUCAGAGGAGGUCAUCCCAGCUGUGGAAGUAUGCAUUUUAAAUGAUGUAUUUGCCUCUGGCAUGUGGGGGAGUGAGCAUACAGCACAGGUAGGAGCAGGGUGCAGAAAGCUGCUGGUGCUGCCCUGCACCCACUGCCCCUUAGCUCUAAACAGUGCAGAAGGGAAAGCGGCCUGCAUCGGGAGAGCUGGAUGCUCUGCAGUGAUGUGCUGCUUAAAUUAAACACAGGCCUGGCACUGGGUGUUAUGUAUGCAAUAUUUUUCCUGACUGAUAAUAGGUGCCACGUCUCAGUUGCCACAGCAGCCGUUUGCGUUUCCACAUUGGUUCGAAAGCAGCUGCAUGGCGUUGCUUUGAACGGAGAGGUUUUAAAUUAGUGCUGUCUGGCACAAACAUCUCCACGCGCUCGUGUUGAUUUUUGUGACAGCAGAGGAGGCUCUGCAUUUGCUCGCUGGCAUUAGCCAGACCCCAUCUUCUGGCUGGUGCAGCAGAGCUGAAAGCUGAGCUCCUGAUGUGCAGCCAGCUAGAGCAGUGCUUGAAAUGAGCAGGGCUGCUCCAUCGCGUUGCUUACUCUGAGCAUGUGGACUGACUUUAACAGACAGCAGCUGCCAACAUAGAGUUUUACGAAAGCAACAGCCUUCCCUGUGCACAGAGAGGCUAAUGUUUUGCCAGGUAUUCAGUGCUUGAAUAAAAGUCUUUCCAGAAUAUCUGUUAGACGUAUUUCUGUCCACACAAUGUCAAAUAACGUUUGUCCCACUUUGUGUCUCUAUCAAGCACACAGCCGAGCAGAAAUAUUGCCCAAACCCAGGUGCUGCUCCUCUGGAGAGCCCCAGGUCCAGCAUUGUCCUGGUUUGAACCCAGCAGCAUUCACCUCCACUGUGCUUUUGAGGUCUUGGUGUUCAUGCUGCAGGCUCGUAGCCCAGAGCUCUGACGCUUUCCGUGUCUGCUGAUAAAGGAAUUUACUUGCUGUCUGCAGAGUUCCAUGCUGUGUUGUCACCCUUGUGAAUCUGAGCUUCCUCCUCCCAGUUCUUCCUCGUGCCAUCGUGUGACAGCAGUUUUCUGGAGCCAGAUCAGAUCCGAUGGUCUGAAGGAACCUGGAAAAAUCACUGAAAAAGCAGAAAUUAGUCCCAAGUCAUCUGUGUUUCUGUGACUAGGUUUCUGUUUUUCCUCCUUUUUAGGCCACGAUUGGCCUGGUUACUCCUGUUACUGCAGUUUGUGAUGCUGUAGCCUUUCAUUUGUAGGUGAUUUAUUUGGCAGACUUUGGAAUUGGUUGCUCAUUACUUUGGUCACUUCCUUCCUACUUAAAUGAGCAAAGCACACAGGUGCUUCUGAUACCUUUAAGUGAAUCCAGCACCAACAGGAGUGGUUUUGCUCAUGCACUUUGCUUGUUAAUGAGAGAAGGUGGAGAAAUGUGUAAACAGCCAAGGUUAUUUGGAUUCUAGUAUUUCUAUUUGAGCUUGUUAUCAGAUAGUGGGGAAGGUGCGACAGUCUGGCAGUGCCCAGGAAAGGGCAGGAUUUGCAGUUAUGCUGUGGGCCUAUCCCUCUCCACCAUGGCAGUCCAUGCCCAUGGGCUUACAGCCCUCAGCUGUCCCCAGAAAAACCACCCUGGGUUGUUACAAGCUGUACAAAUCGCUCAGCAGGUGACAGCCCUCAUAGUGCUCAUCUCGUUUGUUUGAUAUUAUUGCAUGCUGGUGAAUAAAGGGUAAGAGGUGGAGACAAGAAGGGUCAGACCUGUCCUAGUGAUCUAUAUGCUGAUGUAGGAGAUAAUGAACAUCAUAAAUUCCUAUUCUGCACGCCUUUUCUUCCCUAUUAAUCAGGUACUGGAGCUGGUAUGAAGGCUUUUCUCAAGGCUUGAGGUACUUGGUCCUGCUGAUAUGCUGCAGUGUUCAUCUGGGAUCUUCAGUAGGACAAGAAACCGAAACCACCUUGAUAUUCCUCCCCAAAACCACCAUGUUUGUUUGUUUGUUUGUUUUCCCAUAUAUGGACUUUCAAGGAUAUUUUUGAGAUGCUGGGAACACCGGUGAACUGUCUGCCAUCAACAUUAACUCCACAGACUUUGCUGCUGCUGGUGGUGGUAUGGUUGUCUAAUUUUUAUGAUAGGAAAACAAAUUCUUUUAAAUAAAAACAAAAAGGAAUAAUAAAAUUUAUUGAGCCACAAGCUGAAGCGGGAAGAUUCUCUCUUGUUGCAUAUGGGAACAGAUUUACUGGGGAAGGGAACUUACUGGACCACACAGGGCUGUCCUCAGUUGCAUAUCUCCACUCAUCUUUAUCUGGACUAUUCCUUCAUCCAUGUUGGCAUAAAGUCUCUAAGCCUUACCUGGACGUGCAAGCAAUUCGCUUUCAGAUAUGGUUGAGUUGUUCCUUUGAUUUUAUUUUUUAGAUGCAUUAAAUGUUGAGAAAUGUCA